CCACUCCCCCGCGCGACCUUCUGGAGAAUUCUCCACUCCUCUUCUUCUUUCCACCACACGCGCGAAGAAGAAGAAGCUGCAGAGUUUCGUAGAGAGCUCCCUCUUCCGUACGGCCAUGGCGGAUGCCCCUCGUAGUACGGUCCUCGUCACCGGCGCCGGUGGCCGCACAGGUCAGAUAGCGUACCGGAAACUGAAGGAGAGAUCCGAUCGGUUCGUGGCGAGAGGCCUCGUGCGCACCGAAGAGAGCAAGGAGAAGAUCGGAGGAGGGGACGACGUUUACGUGGCCGAUAUUAGGGAUGCGGAUCGUAUAACCCCCGCUGUGCAAGGAAUCGAUGCCCUAAUAAUCCUCACGAGCGCCGUCCCCAAAAUGAAGCCCGACUUCGACCCUAGCAAAGGUGGGAGGCCCGAGUUCUACUACGAAGAUGGAUCAUACCCUGAGCAGGUUGAUUGGAUUGGGCAGAAGAAUCAGAUUGAUGCUGCCAAGAAUGCAGGGGUGAAGCAUAUAGUUUUGGUUGGAUCGAUGGGAGGAACAAACCCUAACCAUCCAUUGAAUAGCCUUGGGAAUGGCAAUAUAUUGGUAUGGAAGCGAAAGGCGGAACAGUACUUAGCAGACUCAGGAAUACCUUAUACAAUUAUUAGGCCUGGAGGGCUUCUUGACAAAGAGGGGGGCGUGAGGGAGUUAAUUGUAGGGAAGGAUGACGAACUUCUUCAGACAGACACAAAGACAAUCCCAAGAGCUGAUGUUGCAGAAGUCUGUGUUCAGGCCCUGCAAUUUGAGGAAGCAAAGUUCAAGGCAUUCGACCUGGCGUCAAAGCCGGAGGGUGUUGGUACACUGACAAAGGAUUUCAAGGCGCUCUUCUCCCAGAUCACCACUCGAUUCUGAUUAGGCCCUUAAUUAUGGCGUACAUAGGUUACUCAGAUUGCAUAAAGUUGGUCAUUACUGUAGUUUUAAUCUGAUGAACCCAGCCAAUUAUUACCUAUAAUAUGGAGAGGGAAUUAAAAGUGAUUAUUGAAUGCUACCAUACGCUAAUAUUUCAAAAUUGCCUAUGGUUGUUUAUGGUUGUUUUAUA